AUGGCGCAGCUGGUAUGGUCGACUGCAACACAGCCACACGUCGGUUUUCUCUGGCGGGGGGCUGAGGGAAGGCGUCUGCCCUUCAGGCACCUAAAUGCUCGACGACCACGUCUAGGGUGCCUCAUGGAGCCCAUAAAGGUUGAAGCACUGAAAGCAGUUAGUCGUGAUGGACUUCUCCCUGACACUACUCGUGAUGGACUUCUCCCUGAUACACGACACAAGGAUAAACAAAGUGGCGUGCCCGAAAUGAUUAAUGCCAUCCGAGCAGGGCUUCGAUCAAUGGGCGAGAGCUUGAAUGGAGAUGACGCACCGCAGUUCCCCUCGUGCAUUGAUUGGAUUGCUCGGAAUCAGCUGCCAGAUGGAUCAUGGGGUGAUGACAUGUUCUUCCUUGUCCAAGACCGGAUUAUCAACACCCUCGCCUGCAUCAUCGCACUGAAAUCAUGGGAUGUCCACGACUAUGCGUUUAAAAAAGGUGUAUCAUUCAUCUCCGAAAAUAUGUGGAGGGUAACCAAGGAUGAUGAGAAUUGGACGCUAUCUGGCUUCGAGAUUAUCUUCCCUAUGUUGAUAGAGAAGGCCAAGGACCUAGGCAUCAACAUACCUUUGGAUGAUCCCACUUUGGAAGCAAUAUAUGCCAAAAGAGAACUCAAGCUCACUAAGGUUCCGAGAGAAGCAGUCCAUGCUGUACCAACAACUUUCCUUCUAAGCUUAGAAGGAAUGCCAGGUUUGGACUGGAAAAUGCUACGUAAGCUCCAGUGUCCAGAUGGCUCCUUCAUGUCUUCACCUGCUCCCACCGCUUACGCUCUAAUGCAGACUGGAGACCCUAAGUGCUUUGAGUUCCUUGAUAGAUUGGUUGGCAAGUAUAACGGAAGCGUACCUUUUGUUUACCCUAUUGAGAUGUUCGAGCGCUUGUGGAUUGUGGACCGGUUGGAGAGGUUGGGCAUAUCACGUUAUUUCAAGAGUGAAAUUGAGGACUACUUGGAGUACGUUUACAGGCUUGUCAUUUACGAAGGGCUGCCCGUGAAGGACAUCGAUGACACGGCCAUGGGUUUCCGUCUCCUCCGACUACAUGGCUACCCGGCCUCUCCUUGUGCAUUCAAGCGAUUCGAGAAUGACGGCCAGUUCGUGUGCUACCCAAGGCAGUCGAACCAGUCGGUAAGCGCGAUGUAUAACCUGUACCGAGCUUCCGACCAGGCCUCGUUUCCCGGCGAUGGUCACGUCCUCGGACGCGCCAGGAGCUACAGCCGUGCGUUCCUCCGGGAGAGGCGAGCCUCGGACCAGCUCAACGACAAGUGGAUCAUCUCUGAGGGUUUGCCUGGCGAGGUCAUGUACGGUCUGGAUUUCCCCUGGGAAGCUAGCUUGCCACGCAUCGAAACAAGAAUGUAUCUGGAGCAAUACGGUGGAAGCGACGACGUGUGGAUCGGGAAGGUUCUCUACAGAAUGAACCUCAUUAGCAACGACGCGUACCUCAAGGCGGCGAAAGCCGAUUUCAGCAACUUUCAGAGACUAUGCCGAUUAGAGUGGCUCAGCCUGAAAAGGUGGUGUGACGAGAACAAUCUUGAAAUGUACGGCGUGACUCCGCAGAGCGCGCUGAGAUCCUACUUCCUUGCCGCGGCCAGCAUCUUCGAACCAGGCCGAGCAGCAGAGCGCCUGGGAUGGGCGCGCGCGCGCGUGCUCGCCGAGGCCAUCUCCGGGUGCUUGCUGAUGAGCAGCAACACUCAUGACGAUCGGACGGUGACGGCCGAAUGGCUCAUCGAUGAAUUCGUCAACAGCGACGAUGAGAAGCCGGCAAGUGGAGGAGGGAAGAAGAAUUCACAAGUUACUAGCAGCCUCGCCUAUGCUCUUCGUGACCUUAUUGACAUCCAUGCAUCCGACGACGCUUCUGUCGCUGACUGCCUUCGUGGAGCUUGGAAGGAGUGGUUCAUGGCAUGGACGAAAACGGAGAGGGAAGGACCACGCUCAGCGGAUACAGCACUGUUGCUAGUUCGCACAGUCGAGAUUUGUUCAGGAAGGCACCACUCCACCGAACAGGACCUGAAGCUUCUACCUGAUUAUUCGAAGCUCGAGCAGCUCACCAGAUCCAUCUGCUGCAGACUGGCUACUGAAGCUCCUGCUCUGCGGAUGUCUGCUCAGUCAAGUAUCUUCCCAGAACCCGAUUUGGGAACCAUCAUCCAAUUUGGGAACCAUGCAUCCUCUUUGUACUGUAUGAUGUUUGAUAAUUAUUGCAUUGCUUACCGAAUCAAACGUUGGAUGAUCAACCAGACUGGAGAAAACAUGGACAAGAUUGAUGAGCUGGAUAGGAAUGUUGGAUUCGAGAUGCAAGAACUGGCUCAAUGUGUUUUCCAGAGCUGCAGCUCCAUCAACAGAGUGACAAGGCAGACUUUUCUCCAUGUGACGAAGAGAUACUACUAUGUCGCACUCUGCUCACCUGAAACAAUUGAACAUCACAUCUCCAAGGUUAUAUUUGAGGAUGUUGUUUAG